AUGCAGAGAUUGCCAAAGCUGUGUAUAGCGGUUGAACACAAGCGACGUCUUGAAAGCUUUUUUCAUCGGUAUGCCGCAUUCGAGUUAGAAAAAGAAGGUUCCUUGUCCUUUCUGCCUGCAAACAUUCUUACAGCACCAUCGCAAGGAACAUAUCGAAAAGACAAAAGUUACCUGCAUUUCCGCGCAGAGAUCAGUCUGCCUGCUGUGUCCUAUAUCGGACUCAACUCCACUCCCUGUAUGGAACAGGCCCAAUCCUAUUCACAACAGGACAAACUCCGUCCCAAUCCUUCUGUUGCACCGAUCGCCUGCGCUCUACACAAUACGUAUCUCUACUACGGCAUUCUGUGUGGAAGUGACCAAAACUCACUUGAGCUUCAGAAGAUCAAAGAUGAGUACAAUCGCCUGUAUACGCUGUAUCUCAAAGAGGUUGCACGACUACUACAAUCAGGGCUUCUUCAUACCAAAACAUUGUUUGCAAGAGAUUCUGAAAUUUACUUAUUUCUUUCUAAGCGCUGCAAAGUCGACAACGAUACUCAACAGCCUCUGUUUUUAUCGACACAAUUGCUAGUAGGAGGAAUAAGUGAAGCAACUGAUUUAUUUCUCAGUAUGCCUCAAUCGUAUCAAAAGAUGUAUGGUGGGUUGAAAUUACUUCUAAAAGAUCUGGAUAUAUCCUCCAAAGGAAAAGUUAGCCAAGAGAUUGGUCGCGCAAUCAUAGCUUUUCUAAAUGAUGGGGAACGCCUGCCUUUACCUUUUGCCGAUGAUGUAAGAACACUUUUUUCAAGGGUGAAUGGGGAAAAAGAAUUUUUCUUUCUGAAAUUAGAUUUCGGUUCCAAUCAACCAUUGUGGGAAGUACCAGGUUUACCUGCAGAUAUGGUAGAAUCUUUGAAAGGCGUUGGAUUGAUGAUCUUCUCCACUUCACUAGGCAGAUGGGUUCAAGUCUUUGCUGAUUUCCGUCUGGGAACUGAACUGUCGAAGUUUACUAAGCUGGCAAGCAAAGCUGUAUUAGAGGGAAAAGCACAAUUCCAGACAGACGCUCACGAUGUAUCCAAACUCGCAGAGCUAGUACCAAGCGCCGAGCUUGACGAAGAUGAUCCUGCAUUCAAAAUUCUUCCACGAACGCUACCGUCUAAUUCAUCGCGGAGAAUACACACUUAUGGUCGUGGCAGCCCGAGGAUAUUCAUACCUAUAAAAGUGGUGUCUAAAUGGUUUUCAGAACUCAAUUAUCCCAGCGGACAACGAAUAUCUGUCAAAAUUGAAAGGAAGACAGCAAGAACAGCAGACGAGGUCAAAAUUUUAGUCAGACUUGAUAGUAGUGAUGUCGGUCAGAAUCAAGGGAUUUGGUAUAAUAUUCUGAGUUACACUAGAAGUCAAAAACCUACAAAAGAGAUGUGGAAUUAUAUCCAGCGAAAGCAGAAAGCUAGCAAGUAGUCUGAUGGAAUUUCU